AUGACCGAUCUCACCGAAACCUCCGCGAUACCUCCGCCCGCGACCAAUGGCGCACUGCCAGGCGCAUUGCCAACCGAGGAUGCAGCUGGGCAGACAGUAGCCGCCAUUGCUGAAGCAGACAACAUCUCCGCAGAUGAAAUCGCCCUCUACGAUCGCCAGAUCCGCCUCUGGGGCGUCCAAGCGCAACAGAAGAUCCGCACCGCCAACAUCUUGCUCGUCUCUAUCAAAGCCCUUGCCAACGAAAUCGCCAAGAACCUCGUCCUCGCCGGCAUAGGCUCCAUCACGCUCGCCGACCACGAAGUCGUGACCGAAGAUGAUCUGGGCGCGCAAUUCUUUAUUAGCGACGCCGACGUAGGCAAGAACCGCGCAGAAGCAGCGUUGCCUCAAGUGCAGAAGCUCAACCCGCGCGUCACCGUCAAGGCUCUCACCACGGAUAUUCGCAACGAGCAAGAUCCCAACUUCUAUGCCGCAUACGACAUCAUCAUAUGCACCGACAUGGACUUCCUCUCCACCUCCGCCGUCAACGCUGGCGCGCGUAUAGCACGCAAACCCUUCUACGCAGGCGCAUCACACGGCAUGUACGGUUACAUCUUUGCCGACCUGGUGGAGCAUAACUUUGUCAUUGAGCGCGAGAAGAGCAACCGCGACACCCAGGUUGGCGCUGAGAGCACAACAAGGAGCGUCAAGGGCGUCCAGAUCAAGAAGGAGAACGGAAAGGUGGUUGAGCUAGUCAGCAAGCAGGAGCUCUACAGUCCUUUGAUGCUGGUCAAGGACAGUCCGCUCCCAGCAGAGAUCGCGAACAAUGCCAGGAGACUGAAGAAGGUUCACCCGCUACUCACUUGCGUACGCGCGUUAUGGGAGUACCAGCGCAACGGCCACGGCGUCUACCCUUCGCAUACGCCGACUGAUCUACAGAUCUUCACGACCCUUGCCAAUAUCAAACACAAGGAGCUCCUCCUCCCCACCGACUCCCUCAAAGCCGAAGUCCUUCGUAGCUUCCUGCAGAACCUGGGCAGCGAACUGGCACCCGUUACAGCUUUCUUGGGUGGCCAGCUAGCACAAGACGUCAUCAACGUACUUGGACAACGGGAACAGCCCAUUCAGAACCUCAUGUUGUUCGAUGGCGAGGAUAGUGCAGGACCUGUAUAUGCGCUCCAUCCCAUCUUCCCUGGCACACCGCUACCGAUCAUGUCGAGCAUGCCUGUGAGCGCGCCGAUUACGAUAGUUUAG